UUAAAUUUUUUUUUUUUGGCGAGGAAGCUAUCCCUACCAGAGAGGCAUUAGAACAUCUUAUCGGUAAAUGUACCUUUAAGCAAAGCUGGCAAGGACGACAGGGGUUUGAGAUUGUGAACUGAAGGUGUGCACUGCCACCAGAAAUUCUUUCAACCAUAUCCUAUCGGGUUAUCACCACCGCCCUCUUUUUAUCAUAGAAUCGAGGCUUCUGAAUAGCAUCACUCUCAGCUUCGAUCCUCUUUCAAAUCCUCCUCCUAUAAUCAAUCUCCUGGCAGGCAAUUGACCUCGCCUAGUCAAUCCUUCAUUAACGAGACCCUCGUUUUGCCUGGUUACGUCCGUGGGCGCAAUCUUCUGUUGUCUAAAGCCCUAUCAAUUUUUAUUUUUACAAGUCCUAAACAACGUCGUGUCUCCUGCUCUUUGCUGAGUCUACGGAGAUAGUUUUAAUACACCAACUUUUAUCUGUCCCAAUCGCGAUCCUACGAUACCCUUAAUCAUGUACGGUACCGGCACGGGCACAGGCCCUCAGACGGGCGUCUCUACCCCUAGGUCACAGUCGUCCCUCCGACCCCUCACCCUUUCCCACGGUUCACUCGAUGCCUCGUUCCUCGUGCCAACAAGUCUUCAUUUCCAUGCAUCACAACUUAAAGACCGAUUCACGGCUGCUCUACCGGCGCCGACGGAUGAGUUAGCCCUCGAUGACGAGCCCUCAUCUGUAGCUGAGCUUGUUGCUAGAUAUAUGGGAUUCGUUGCACAUGAAGUUGAGGAGGGCGAGGACGAUUCCCAAGGUUCAUACGAAGAAGUUUUGAAGCUUGUUCUUAACGAGUUCGAGCGCAUGUUUCUCCGGGGAAACGACGUCCACACACUUGCGAAGAAUCUCCCGGGUAUUCUAGCGAAGCAAAUAACUGUGGUACGAUGCUAUUAUGCUGCUCGCUCAGUUGCGAACCGCGCAAUUAGGCCGCAUGAGUCUGCUCUUCUAAGGGCAGCAGACGAGGGAAAUGCGGGUAUCUACAGCAUUUUCGGUGGCCAGGGAAAUAUUGUUGAAUACUUCGACGAAUUGCGCGAAGUAUACGAGACAUACCCCUCGUUCGUGGGCGAACUUGUCGCCGCAUCUGCCGACCUCCUCCACAACUUAGCAUUAGAUCCCAGAGCCGACAAAUUGUAUGCGAAAGGACUCGAUGUCAUGGAAUGGUUACGCUCUCCGGACAGCACUCCCGAUCCUCAGUAUCUCAUUUCUGCUCCCGUGAGCUUGCCUUUAAUAGGAUUGGUACAACUUUGCCAUUACCAAGUUCUUGGAAAGGGUCUAGGUGUACACCCCGGUAUAUUGCGAGAUCGCAUCCGCGGAGCAACCGGUCACUCCCAGGGUGUAAUCGUUGCAGCAGCCACUGCUGCAGCAGAUUCAUGGGAGUCAUACGAAAAGUUAGCCAAGGAUGCCUUGACAAUGCUUUUCUGGAUUGGUGCCCGUAGUCAACAAGUGUUCCCCAGGACUUCAUUGACACCUGUUAUGCUACAGGACUCGAUAGACAAUGGCGAGGGUGACCCGACUCCUAUGUUAAGUAUCCGAGACCUUCCCCAGAGCGAGGUCCAGAAGCACAUUAAUGCCACGAACCAAUAUCUCCCCGAGGAUCGUCACAUCGCUAUAUCCCUCGUCAAUAGCCCUAGGAAUAUGGUUGUAACUGGUCCGCCGAUUUCCCUGUACGGUUUAAACUUGCAGUUGCGAAAGGUUAAAGCUCCCACGGGCCUUGAUCAAACUCGAAUUCCUCAUACGCAGCGCAAGGUUCGAUUCGUUAACCGCUUCUUGCCCAUUACAGCCCCCUUCCACAGCAAAUACCUUGCUGACGCCACCAAGUUAAUUGACGAAGAUCUCAAGGAUAUCGAGAUCGAUUCAGCAUCACUUGGAAUUGCGGUCUUUAACACGUGCACAGGUGCCGACCUGAGGGAAGAAGUAAAAGGCAACAUUGUUCCCUCUUUGAUCCGCAUGAUCACAAGGGACCCAGUCAACUGGGAGAAGGCAACUGUCUUCCCAGAGGCAACUCACGUACUAGAUUUCGGCCCUGGUGGUAUCUCAGGCCUCGGUAUCUUGACGAGCCGUAACAAAGAGGGCACCGGUGUUCGUGUCAUCCUAGCCGGUACUAUUGAUGGUGCCGCACAGGAAGUGGGCUUUAAGUCCGAGCUCUUCGACCGCGACGAGGAACACGCCGUGGUCUACGCCAAUGACUGGGUUAAGGAAUAUGGCCCUAGAUUGGUCAAGACCUCUGGCGGUCGCACCUACGUAGACACAAAAAUGAGCAGGUUGCUAGGUGUACCCCCUGUUAUGGUUGCUGGUAUGACGCCAGCUACCGUCCCAUGGGACUUCGUUGCGGCGACGAUGAAUGCAGGCUACCAUAUCGAAUUGGCUGGUGGGGGUUAUUACAAUGGCAAAACCAUGACUGAGGCUCUGACCAAGAUCGAAGACGCCAUUCCAGCCGGACGGGGUGUUACAAUUAACCUUAUCUACGUCAACCCCCGAGCCAUGGGCUGGCAGAUCCCUCUGAUCGGUCGACUCCGGGCUGAGGGCGUCCCCAUCGAAGGCCUGACAAUUGGUGCAGGUGUCCCGUCCAUCGAAGUUGCACAGGAGUACAUCGAGACGCUAGGACUUAAACAUAUCGCCUUCAAGCCAGGUUCCAUGGAAGCAAUCCAGGCUGUUAUAAAUAUCGCAAAGGCAAACCCCACGUUCCCUGUUAUCCUACAGUGGACUGGUGGUCGAGGUGGUGGGCAUCACUCGUUUGAGGAUUUCCAUCAACCGAUCCUACAGAUGUAUGCUCGAAUCCGACGAUCAGACAAUAUCAUUCUAGUAGCUGGUAGCGGUUUCGGUGGUGCUGAAGACACAUAUCCCUAUCUCACGGGUGAAUGGUCUAAGAAAUAUGGCUAUCCCCCCAUGCCUUUCGACGGCUGUCUUUUUGGCAGUCGCAUGAUGGUUGCAAAGGAGGCACAUACAAGCAAGGCCGCUAAGCAGGCUAUCAUAGAUGCUACUGGACUCGAUGACGAUGAGUGGGAGCAAACAUACAAGGGCGCAGCCGGUGGUGUUAUUACCGUCCGAUCAGAAAUGGGUGAGCCAAUCCACAAGCUUGCUACCCGAGGUGUCAAAUUCUGGGCCGAAAUGGACAACAAGAUUUUCAGCUUGCCGAAAGAAAAGCGUGUCGCAGAAUUGAAGAAGAAUCGGGAUUACAUCAUCAAGAAGUUGAACGAUGACUUCCAGAAGGUUUGGUUUGGCCGGAAUAAGGCCGGUCAAACUGUAGACCUCGAAGAUAUGACGUAUGGUGAAGUCGUCCGCCGAAUGGUCGAUCUCCUCUACGUCAAGCACGAGUCGCGAUGGAUUGACCCCUCUUUCACUAAGCUAACGGGCGAUUUCAUCCACCGUGUCGAGGAACGCUUCACUCACAGCACUGGUCAGGCAUCCUAUUUGCAGAGCUAUGCUGAAUUAAAAGAGCCAUUUUCUGCCGUUGAGAGGAUCCUUUCUCACUAUCCCGAGGCUGAGACGCAGAUUAUCAACGCCCAAGAUGUUCAGCAUUUCUUACUUCUUUGCCAGCGACGCGGUCAGAAGCCUGUGACCUUUGUCCCGUCCCUUGAUGAAAAUUUUGAAUUUUACUUCAAGAAGGAUUCUCUUUGGCAAUCCGAGGAUCUUGCAGCAGUCAUCGGUCAGGAUGUCGGGCGUACUUGUAUUUUGCAAGGCCCAACUGCUGUCAAGUAUUCAACAGUAAUAGACGAGCCUAUCAAGGACAUUCUGGAUGGUAUCCAUAACGCCCAUAUCUCCAACCUCACAAGAGAUGUGUAUGGAAAUAAGCCCGAAUCCAUCCCGACUAUUGAGUAUUUCGGUGGCAAGCUCAUUAACACUGAAAUACCACUGGACAUCGAAGGUCUCACUGUAUCCUACGACCAACACAAGAAUACCUACCGCCUCUCAUCAUCUCCUAAUGUUGUUCUACCCUCCGUUGAUAGCUGGCUCGCUCUCCUCGCUGGACCGAAUCGCAACUGGCGUCACGCUCUAUUUACCUCGGAAGUUCUAGUCCAAGGACACAAGUAUCAGACAAAUCCAAUGAAGAGGAUUUUUGCUCCGGUCCGUGGCCUUUUUGUUGAAAUCCUUCGUCCAAACGACCCAACCAAGACGUCGAUUGUCGUUCGCGAACAACCGCGUCACAACCAUUACGUUGACGUGAUUGAAGUCAAAUCAGACGGGAAGAGUAAAAUCCUCGUUAGUAUGAUCAAGGAGACCACUGCUCUCGGCGAGCCUGUCUCACUACCACUCAGAUUUACGUACAACCCUGAGGCUGGGUACGCACCAAUCCACGAAGUGAUGGAAGGACGAAACGAUCGUAUCAAGGAAUUCUACUGGCGUGCAUGGUUUGGGGGUGAAUCCUUGGACCUCGAUGUUCCCGUUACUAGUAAAUUCGACGGAGGCCGAGCCACCAUCACAAAAGAAGACAUCAACGACUUUGUGCACGCCGUUGGCAACACCGGCGAAGCAUUCGUCGAUCGCCCCGGCAAAGUUAUGUUUGCUCCUAUGGAUUUCGCUAUUGUUGUUGGGUGGAAGGCCAUCACAAAGCCAAUCUUCCCUUGUAAAAUUGAUGGUGAUCUCCUUAAGCUUGUGCAUCUUUCCAAUGGCUUCCGGAUGUUGCCGGGCGCCGACCCUCUAAAGAAGGGUGACGAAGUUAAAACAACAGCACAAAUCAACGCCGUCAUCAACCAGGAUUCUGGUAAGAUGGUCGAAGUAUGCGGCACGAUCUACAGAGAUGGCCAAGCUGUUAUGGAAGUUACGUCUCAGUUCUUGUACCGGGGUGUUUACACAGAUUACGAAAACACUUUCGAGCGCAAGAUGGAGACACCGAUGCAAGUCCAUCUCGCUACCUCGAAAGAUGUUGCGGUCCUGAAGUCGAAGGACUGGAUUCAGUUCGAUAGUAACGAUAUCGAACUGCUUGGCCAGACACUGACGUUCCGCCUCCAAAGUUUCUACAAGUUCAAGAACAAGACUGUAUACAGCAGCGUCGAGACCAGUGGUCAGGUGCUACUAGAGCUUCCUACCAAGGAAAUUAUUCAAGUCGCAAGUGUCGACUACGAAGCUGGUGCAUCUCAUGGUAACCCAGUUGUCGACUACCUUGAGCGUCAUGGUUCUUCUAUUGAGCAACCAAUCAACUUCGAGAACCCCAUUCCUCUCAGUGGAAAGACACCUCUGCAACUCAAGGCACCAGCUUCUAACGAGACCUAUGCAAAGGUCUCCGGCGAUUACAACCCUAUCCACGUAUCUCGCGUUUUCUCUAGCUACGCCAAUCUUCCCGGUACCAUUACUCAUGGAAUGUACUCCAGCGCCGCUGUGCGAGGUUUGGUAGAGACUUGGGCAGCUGAAAAUAACGUCGGCCGCGUCCGCAGCUUCCAUGCUUCUCUUGUUGGUAUGGUGUUGCCUAAUGAUGACAUCCAAGUCAAGCUCCAGCAUGUCGGUAUGAUUGGUGGUCGCAAGAUUAUCAAGGUCGAGGCCAGCAACGAGGAAACCGAAGAGAAGGUACUUCUCGGAGAAGCUGAAGUUGAGCAACCCGUUACCGCAUAUGUCUUCACUGGUCAAGGAUCCCAAGAACAGGGCAUGGGUAUGGACUUGUACAACACUAGCCCUGUCGCUAAAGAAGUUUGGGAUAGAGCCGACAAGUAUCUGCUCGACACAUAUGGAUUCUCUAUCUUGAACAUCGUCAAGAACAACCCUAAGGAGUUGACUAUUCACUUUGGCGGUCCUCGAGGCAAGGCUAUCCGCGAGAACUACAUGCAGAUGAAUUUCGAAACCAUCGCCGCAGAUGGUUCCGUUAAAUCUGAGCGUAUCUUCAAGGAGAUCAGCGAGAAGACAACAUCAUACACAUACCGAUCGCCUACAGGUCUUCUUUCUGCUACUCAAUUCACGCAGCCCGCCCUUACUCUCAUGGAAAAAGCCAGUUUCGAAGACAUGAAUGCCAAGGGUCUUGUACCGCGAGAUAGCACAUUCGCUGGCCAUUCCUUGGGCGAGUACUCCGCUCUCGCUGCGUUGGCUGACGUCUUGCCGAUUGAGUCAUUAGUUUCCGUUGUCUUCUACCGAGGAUUAACUAUGCAAGUCGCCGUCGAGCGAGACGCCCAAGGCCGCUCGAACUACUCCAUGUGUGCUGUUAACCCCAGCCGAAUCUCAAAGACAUUUAGCGAAGGUGCCCUUCGAUAUGUGGUCAGCAAUAUCGCCGAGGCUACUGGUUGGUUACUAGAGAUUGUCAAUUACAACAUUGCCAAUAUGCAAUAUGUUUGCGCUGGUGAUUUACGUGCGUUGGACACUCUCACUGGCGUCCUGAACUUCUUGAAGUCCCAAAAGGUAGACAUCAACCAACUUCGCCAAGAGUUAAGCAUCGAAGAAGUUAAGGCCCAUCUUGUCGACAUAAUCAAGGGGUCCGCACAGAAGACCUUGGAUAAACCUCAACCCUUAGAAUUGGAGAGAGGAUUCGCUACUAUUCCUCUUAAGGGCAUUGACGUGCCCUUCCACUCGACAUUCUUGAGAUCAGGUGUCAAGCCUUUCAGAAACAUUCUUCUCAAGAAGAUCAACAAGACUUCUAUCGACCCAGCCAAAUUAGUUGGAAAAUAUAUUCCCAACGUGACAGCCCGACCUUUCGAGCUCACCAAGGAGUACUUCCAGAACGUCUAUGACCUCACAGGGUCACCUAAGAUUGCGCAGAUCCUGCAAGACUGGGAUAGCUACCAAGACGAAGUCAAUGGCGCCAAUGGUGUGAACGGAGCUUCCGUUCAAGUUAACGGCCACUAGGCGCUUAAGACGCGGAAUGGGUUAUGAAGAUAUGGCCGUAGAUAUUGAGAUGGUGUAAUGUUAAUGAGGUAGCAUUAUACCAGUGGUGUUUAGAUUCCUUGUAUUCACUAGUUUUGUGCCACCAUGUUGCGAUAUUGGACGGGAAUUAAGACGUCGACUUUUCGUGGUUAUAGAUACGUAUCAAAAGGAGUUUAACUCUCUAAAGUCAAUUUUUAAGCAUUGAAUAAUAUUACGUUGCGAUUUUUA